UCCUUCGUGUGCCAGGGAGGAGGCGGGAGGAGGGACACCGUUGGGAGGCUGUCCCCUCCCAGCUCUUCUGGCUGGUGUUCCCAGGGGCCUUGGCCUGGGGAGGAUGAUGCACACAUGGGUGGCUGCUUCUGUAUUCCUGGGGAGCCGAGUCUGUCCUGGGGCCCAGGUAAAGAAACUCCUUCCAAGGAUCCAACCAUAUCGAGUGAGGUUAUAGCCUCAUCUGAAGACAAGGAAAAAUGUUUCCUGUCACAGAAUAUGACUCCAGAUCUGACCCUCUCCUUCAGUGUGAAGAGCCGCUCCAGGAGGUGUGUAAACGGCCCCCUGCAGGAAGCAGCCAGGAGGCGGCUCUGGGCGCUGGAGAAUGAGGACCAGGAGGUGCGUGCACUGUUUAAGGACCUCUCAGCCAGGUUGGUGGGUAUCCAGUCCCAGAAGGCUCAGUUCCUCAUCACCUUCAAGACCGUGGAGGAAAUCUGGAAGUUUUCUACCUACUUGAACUUAGGCUAUGUAUCUGCAUGUCUGGAACAUCUCCUCUUUGACCAUAAGUACUGGCUCAACUGCAGAUUGGUGGAAGAUACAGAGAUCCAAGUUUCCGUGGAUGAGAAACACCUGGAAACAAUAUACCUGGGACUUCUGAUACAGGAAGGCCACUUCUUCUGCAGAGCCGUGUGCUCUGUGGCUCAGCCGCCUGAGAAGGAAGGGGAGUAUCUGACACUUUGGAAGAAGGAGUUAAUCUCCGUGAAAAUAGUUGAAGGCGGAUCCGAGUGGGAGGGCGUGUCCCUGGUGACUGGUCAGCGGGGCCUGGUGCCUGUGUCAGCCCUGGAACCUCUGCCGCUCCCUUUCCACCAAUGGUUCCUAAAGAACUAUCCAGGAAGCUGUGGCUUUUCCAGGAAGAGGGAUUGGACAGGCUCCUAUCAGAUCGGCAGAGGAAAAUGUAAGGCCUGGAAAGAAUAUGAGAGGGAAGAAAAGGAUGAGCUGAAUUUUCACCAGGGAGAAAGCAUCGAGAUCAUCGGCUUUAUCAUACCUGGACUUCCGUGGUUCAUUGGAAAGUUGACACGCUCAGGAGAAGUGGGCUUUGUCCCCACCAGGAACAUAGAUCCUGAGUCUUACUCCCCAAUGAACAAGAGCUCCGCCUUUUUCAGCGAUGAGGAAAGAUGCUCUCUGUGGGUCCUGGGAAGUGACAGGAAAGCUGAGUGUGCCACCUUCCUCCACACCCUUGCUCAUACUGACAUAGCGUCUGUCUACCGGCUUAGUGGGUUUGAAUCCAUCCAGAAUCUUCCAAACGAUCUAAGUGCGUCCCAGCCUGAAGGCUUCAAGGAGGCCAGGACUGGUAGAGCCUGGGAGGAGCAUCAGGCCAUGGGCUCCAGACAGUCCAGCAGUUCCGAGGACUCCAGCCUGGAGGAGGAGCUCCUCUCAGCAGCCUCAGACAGCUAUCACUUGCCAGAGCCCGAUGACCUCGAUGACCCAGAACUACUCGUGGACCUAAACACUGGUCAGGAGGAGGAGGAGGCUGAGAAUUUCGCCCCCAUGCUGGCGUUUCUGGAUCACAAGGGCUACGCUGACCACUUCAGGAGCCUCUACGACGCCUCCUUCUCUUUCCUCACAUCUUCCUUUUACAGCUUCUCUGAGGAGGACGAACUUGUGGCCUACCUGGAGGCCUCAAGGAAGUGGGCCAAGAGGAACCACAUGACCUGGGCCCAUGCCCGGCUCUGCUUCCUCCUGGGCCGGCUGAGCGUCAGGAGGGUCAAACUCUCUCAGGCCAGGGUGUACUUUGAGGAGGCUAUGUACAUCCUCGAUGGGGCAUUUGAGGACCUACCCUUGGUGGCUGCUCUGUACAUCAAUCUGGCUGCCAUCUACCUGAGGCAGAGGCUGAGGCAUAAAGGCUCAGCCCUGCUAGAAAAGGCAGGUGCCCUGUUGGCCUGCCUGCCUGACCGUGAGUCCAGCACCAAGAAUGAGCUUGACGUUGUGGCCUAUGUGCUACGCCAGGGGAUUGUGGCUGGCAGCUGUGUCCUGGAGGCCAGGGCCUGCUUCCUGGCCAUCCGAUUGCUCCUGGACCUGGGCCGGCAUGAGGAGGUCCUGCCCUUUGCCGAGCGUCUGCAACUCCUCUCUGGACACCCUCCUGACCUGGAUGCCGUGGCCACCAUCUUGAGUUUUCUGUACGAUAAGAAAUACCUUCCACACCUUGCGGUGGCCUCUGUCCAGCAACGUGGUACCCAGAGUGCCCAAGGGAUGUCCCUUCCAAUUUGGCAGGUCUACCUGGUUCUCCAGAACACCGCCAAGCUCCUUGGAGUUCCCUCUUUAAGCUGGGGUGAGGUUUCUGCCCUGGCCUGCCCAGCGCUCAGGCAGGCGCUGGUUGCCUGUGAAGAGCAGGCCAGUCGGAGCACCCAGAGGGUCCUGUGUCUCAUCCUGUCCAAAGUGUACCUCCAACACAGGUCUCCUGAUGGCGCCAUCCACUACCUGAGCCAGGCCUUGGUGCUAGGGCAGCUGCUGGGUGAGCAGGAGGCCUUCGAGUCUUCCCUGUGCCUGGCGUGGGCUUAUCUCGUAGCCAGCCAGGCAAAGAAGGCGUUGGACAUUCUUGAGCCGCUGCUAUACUCUCAGGAGAUGGAGAGCAUCACCCAAAAGGGGGUGGUCCAUAACCUCCUGGGCCUUGCACUUCAGGGUGAAGGCCGGGUGAACAGGGCAGCCAAGAACUAUCUCCGGGCUUUGAACAGAGCUCAGGAAAUGGGGAACGUGCGUAACCAGGCGGUGACUUUGGCCAAUCUUGGCCACCUGACUCUCAAGUCCUGGGCUCGGCAACCAGCCAAGGACUAUCUCCUGCGGGCCGUCCGACUCUAUUCUGAACUCCAGACCAGCGUGGAGACAGACAUGGAAUUAGUGCAGGUGCUUCUCUGGUUGGCCCAAGUCCUGGUGUCUGGACGUCAGCUGGCCAGUGGCCGCCUUUGUUACGAAAUGGCAUUGCUGUUGGGCUUAAGGCAUCGGCACCUAAAGAGUCAGCUUCAGGUCACCAAAUCCCUCUGCCAUUUCUACAGCUCUGUUUCCCCAAACCCCGAGGCAUGCAUCACCUACCAUGAGCACUGGCUGGCCCUAGCUCAGCAACUCAGGGACCGAGAGAUGGAGGGGAGGCUGUUGGAGUCCCUCGGGCAGCUCUAUCGGAACCUGAACACGGCCAGGUCUCUCAGGAGAUCUCUCACCUGCAUCAAGGAGAGCCUGCGUAUCUUCAUCGACCUGGGGGCGAAAGACAAGGCUGCCGAGGCCUGGCUCGGAGCUGGACGACUCCACUACCUCAUGCAGGAAGAUGAUCUGGUGGAGCUGUACCUGCAGGCAGCCAUCCAGAAAGCCCUGAAGUCCGAAGAGCCCUCCCUGGCUCUCAAACUCUAUGAAGAAGCGGGCGACGUGUUCUUCAAUGGGACCCGCCACAGGCACCGUGCGGUGGAGUAUUACCGGGCUGGGGCUGUCCCUUUAGCGAGGAGGAUGAAGGCGGUGAGAACGGAGCUCCGGGUUUUCAACAAGCUGACGGAGCUGCAGAUCAGUCUGGAAGGCUACGAGAAGGCUUUGGAGUUUGCCACUCUGGCGGCCAGACUCAGCACAGUCAUAGUCUUCCAAUUCCUAGGAGAUCAGAAGCAGGAGCUGGUGGCCUUUCACCGCCUGGCUACGGUGUACUAUUCCCUGAGCAUGUAUGAGAUGGCUGAGGACUGCUACCUGAAGACUCUGUCCCUCUGCCCACCCUGGCUGCAGAGUCCCAAGGAGGCCCUGUACUAUGCGAAGGUAUAUUAUCGCCUGGGCCGACUCACCUUCUACCAGCUGAAGGAUGCCCACGAUGCCACCGAAUACUUCUGGCUGGCCCUGGCAGCGGCGGUCCUGCUGGGUGACCAGGAGCUGCAGGACACCAUUAGGAGCAGGUUGGACAACGUCUGCCAGAGCCCCCUGUGGCACAGCAGCCCCUCGGGGCGCUCCUCAGAGAGGGCGCGGUGGCUGAGCGGGGGAGGCCUGGCCCUCUGAGGAGGGCUGUCCUACAUCCGACCAGUGGCCAUGGCCAGAAGCUGCCUCCCUGCCCUGGGCUCCAGGACACCCAUCUGGAAGGUCUGCAUCAUCACCUGGCCCAGCCCCCUCAUCUUACAAUGAGACUAGCACCGCCCAGAGGGAGGGGCUCAUUUGGGGUCGGCCACACCAGGAGUGGAUGACAGAGCAGGGACUGGAGGUCCUGGCUUUGUGUCAGGGGUUGUGUCUAGAGCCUUUUCAGCGGACUGCGGCCCUUCCCCACACACAGCCUCUGAAACGCACUUUCUCAACACUCCGUUCUAGAGAAAAUGAGAACCCUUGUCCUGAGGGGGCAACCUCUCUCCUCCCCCCCCCCCCCCCCCCCGCGAGGAAAUCAGGCGCUGCUCUGGAGGGAAGGCAAGCAGAUUGGACUUUGUUCCCUUCACUGACUGUUCUCAGGGAAAGACCCUCUCCUCUCGCCAGCAGAGAAACUGCAAAUUUCUUUCUUUUGCCAGCCAAAGGGGGUGUCACUCCUUUUGCUCGCGGGGACUGGCAGGUGGGCAUUCACCAUGCUCUUAGCUCAAACGACAGCCCCAGGACGGCCAGCUCAACACACAGGGCCUGGGGUCUGAUGCGGAUCCACCUCUCUCCCUCCUGCCCGAUGCUCUGCUCCUCCGUAACCGCCUGGAAACUCCGGGAGCCUCCCCAAGGACCAAGGCUUAAACAUUGAACACUAAGAAGACGAUGACGUAAAUUCCUUCGGAAGAGUGUAUAUUAUUAAAUAUUGCUCAUCUACAUGUAUACACAUCAGUCUCCUUUCUAACAGAGAGAGAUGAGAUGGGAGGCUUGAAGGAUGGGUUAAAUACCAAGGUGUCACAUGGAUUUCGGGGUAGCUCCUUGACAAAGCAUCUCCAUGAGUUGUCUAUCACUGCAUAAAACACAUAUGGUGGCUUGAAACAUCCAUCAUCCUACAGUUUCUAUAGGAAGUCAGGACCCGGAGUGUGGCUUAGCUGGUGGCUCACAAGGCUACAAUGAAGGCAUCAGCUGCUGUCUUCUCCAGCUUCGCUGGCGGAGGGCUCCGCUUCCAAAUUCACUCACACCGCUGUUGGCAGGGGUCGGUUCCUUGCUUGCUGUUGGCCGAGAGGCUGCCCCCGGUUCCCUUCCAUGUGACCUCUCCACAGGACAGCUCACAGCAUGGCAGCCUGCUUCAUCAGAGAGCAAGACAGUGAGAACCGAGGGAGAGAAGGGAGUCUUCUCAUAAGCUCACCUCAGAAGUGACAUCCAAUUAGUUUUGCCUGGUCUAUUCAUUAUAAGGGAGUCGCUAGGUCUAUAGCCCACACAAAAAGGGAGGGAUAUAUAUACCAAGGGCGUGACUACCAGGAGGCAAGGAAUCACUGGGGGCCUUCCAGAAGCUGCCUACCACAGUAUCUGAGCUAUUUGAUAACGAAAUCAGGAAUUCCUUAAGGCAGUGAACUCCAGGUAUGGUCCACCCCCUGGACCCGCCGCGUCAACCUUACCUGUGAAAUUGUCUGAAACGCAAAUUCUGGGGCCCACCUGAGACCUCUGAAUCAGAAUCUCGGGAGUCCCGGAGCCCUAGUUUUUGCCUUGCUCUCCAGGUGAUUCUAAUGCACACUAAAGCAUGAUAAACACUAGUCUGAAACCAUGGUUCUCAGAAAAUGUGCCAAAGAAUCACCUUUCAAGUUCAAAAGAACUUGCUGCAAAUGAACCUUCUGGUUCCUGCUCCAAUAAUUCUAACUCAGGACGUCUGGGAGACGCCCCUGGUACCUACAUUUCUUGGAUGGGCCAUUCAGCCUAUCCUGAUACAGGAGGUUCACUCUUGUUCUGAGAUGUGGGAACAUUCAAGAAGAUCUAGCCAUAGGCUUGCCAUCUGAUGCCCAGCAGCUUAGAUUUUACUGUCAGACCCUGGGCCCUUAAUUUCUAGCUUUUUGGGCCGACCAGAUGGUUGAUAGCAUAGUGGGUUGGGAAUGAGUUGAGUCAACAUUUCGUCUUCUAGUCACCAAAGUCAUCUACACAUCGGUACACCUUAUUUUCUUUUAGGAGCUUGGUUGGUUGCCAAAAUGCCCUCCGUUCUAGAAUAUUCUUCUCCGGGAAGGAAAUGAAGUGACCUAAUCCAUGACCGUGUAGAAUAGAUGUGAUUUGGUUCCCACCACAAACCGUAAAAUCCCCGAACAGGGAGGGAUGUUGUGGAUGGGUCCAACCUCCCAGGCAGCACCCUUUCAACAACAUUCCUGGGAGAUGGACGGGGGCACAUGCAUUCCAGGACAGUUCUGCAUCUUAUUUUGGAGAAAGCUUGCUUGGCCCUGGAACCCAUGCCAUGAGCCAUUCCUCAUUUGUCUCAGGUUACAGCCCCUUUCCCUUUUCCCACUGACCUAUUACUGCCCACUGGCCAGACGCCAAUUUCAGCUCCUCUGAAAGUGUGCUUCCCACAAUGCACCAGGCUUUGGUACUGGCUUGUGGGGAGAGCAGAGAGGGCCAUCACUGUGCACAAUGUAAUUUAGUGUUGUAUUUUAAUGUUGCAUUAAGAUUUUUCUUCUCUCCAGCACCCGCGUCUUACCACUGGCUCACAUUGAGCUUUUGAUUCAUUGACAUCUUUUCCCACAUGAGCUACUGUUUCUCCAGAUCUUUUUUAAUUGCUGCAGAUCUGUCUCUGUCUCUAUCA